AUGCCUAGUCUAGAUUCUCGAACCUGUAACGGCGCAGGCGAGACAAUGGAUCUGAAUGCGCAGGAGCAGGGCCGAGUCAGGGUCGGGGCCGAUACGGGGACUCUUCGGAUAGGUUCCGGGCAACCCAAGAUGGAACGAUUCAUGAGAAUCCGUACAGAACCCCCCACUACGCUCAAGCAAGAACCUGUCGGCCCUGAGCGAUAUCAGUUGAUUAAAGAGGCGCCUCUACAUUUCGAGGGCCUGAACGGUGAGGGAAGGGCGGUAUUUGGUAGUAUUGUAAUUACUGUCGCACGUGUCUCACGCGAUAUCAUACCCAUGUACUGCACUAUUCACUCAUUAGGCAUAGCUCCUAUCUCCUCCUCAGACCUUACAAUACACUCAUUCCACCUUGUUUGGAUCUCGCUCCCAUACAUGACCACCUUAACGUGGUUCUAA